AUCUGCUACUACUACUACAGCAGCAGCAGCUGUUGUAAUAAUAAUUAUUCCUGUUUAUUACUUCUACUGUAAUAGCAAUACAAAAGUUGGAUGAGUUGAGGUUGCUGCUGUUACUAUAGUAGUAGUAAUAUGAAUAGCAGUAGUAGUAGUAUUACAGUAGCAACAAAUUAAACUCUUCCAGCUUUUCUGUUGCUGUUGUAAUAAUAGUAAUAACAAAAAAUAGUAAUUAUUUUUAUUAUUAUUGACUACUACUACUACUGUAGCAAUGAAACAGCUGGAAAAGUUUAGAUUGUUGCUGCUACUAUAGCAGUAGUAAGAGGAGGAGGAGGAGUAAUAUUACAGUAGCAAUAACAAGCACUUUCAACUUUUCUAUUGCUAUUAUAGUAGUAGUAAUAAAUGGUAAUAAUUAUUAUUACAACAGCAGUAGAAAAGCUGGAAGAGUUUAGGUUGUCGCUGCUGUUGUUGUAGUAGUAAUAUUAAUAAUAAUACAAUAGCAACAACUUCAACUGCUGUCUGCUCCUCAGCUCCAAAUGUCUUGUCUUCUCCAAACAAAAUAAUGGAUAAUCUGGCCUGUAGUCUCUCCGUAUUUUUUUUUUGUGAAGUGCAUGGUCAUUUGGGACCAGGGGCAGAUUUUUGGGGGGAGGGGUGCACUCCCCCCACCCCCUUUGAUGCCUGCUCCACCCAAAGUUUAAAACCAACUGUCUAGCAGUGGCACCAGCAUUUUUAGUCAGGCAGUGCUGAGGGAGUCAAUUGACUUCAUGGAUCGUUGUAAUCUACUUGACCCCUUCUAAACUCUUCAUUCCACAGGUGUUAAGGGUCUUCUUUUCUUUUUAAUGGUCUUGCUGUUCCACCAACUAAGCUAUCCUUUGAUCUGCAAUUCUCCUGUCUGUUAGUUGCUCCUGGACUUUGAAGACAAGAUAAGGGUGGAAAGUGAGACCAGUGAAAAAGCAUUUGAAGAACCAUUCCCAAUUUGUGCUCUGCUAAGUAGACUAUGGUGGCAGGAAGAUGCUGGCUAGGAAGAGCAUCAUCCCUGAAGAGUAUGUACUGGCACGGAUCGCUGCUGAAAACCUCCGGAAGCCACGUGUCCGAGACCGUCCACGCAAGGCCCGCUUCAUUGCCAAGAAUGGGGCAUGCAACUUGGCACACAAGAACAUCCGAGAACAAGGCCGCUUUUUGCAAGACAUCUUCACUACUUUGGUGGACCUGAAGUGGCGCCACACACUGGUGAUCUUUACGAUGUCCUUUCUCUGCAGCUGGCUUCUCUUUGCCAUGGCGUGGUGGCUGGUGGCUUUUGCCCAUGGAGACAUGGAUAGAAUAGACAACAGUAAAGGCAGUGCCAACUGGACACCGUGCGUGACAGAUGUUGGGUCUUUCACUUCUGCCUUCCUCUUCUCCAUUGAGGUUCAGGUGACCAUUGGUUUUGGAGGCAGAAUGAUGACAGAGGAAUGCCCAACAGCCAUCACCGUCUUGAUUCUACAGAACAUUGUGGGUUUGAUUAUUAAUGCUGUCAUGCUGGGCUGCAUAUUUAUGAAAACCGCUCAGGCUCACAGGAGGGCAGAGACUUUGAUUUUCAGCCGGCAUGCAGUUAUUGCUGUUCGAAAUGGCAGACUUUGCUUCAUGUUCAGAGUGGGAGAUCUGAGGAAAAGCAUGAUCAUCAGUGCUUCUGUGAGAAUACAGGCAGUGAGGAAGACUACUACGCCCGAAGGGGAGAUCAUCCCUAUUCACCAGCUGGACAUCCCAGUGGACAACCCCAUUGAAAGCAACAACAUUUUCCUGGUAGCACCUUUAAUCAUUUGCCAUAUUAUAGACAAGCGGAGUCCACUUUAUGAUAUCUCCCCCUCUGACCUGGUCAACCAAGAUUUAGAACUUAUAGUGAUACUUGAAGGAGUAGUAGAGACCACAGGCAUCACCACGCAAGCAAGAACAUCUUACAUAGCAGAGGAGAUCCUGUGGGGCCACCGCUUUGUGCCCAUCGUAACAGAAGAAGAAGGAGUAUAUGCUGUUGAUUACUCCAAAUUUGGCAACACAAUCAAGGUAGCUGCUCCACGCUGCAGUGCUCGGGAGCUAGAUGAAAAGCCCUCCAUCCUCAUCCAGACCCUCCAGAAGAGCGAGCUGUCCCAUCAGAACUCUCUAAGAAAACGCAACUCCAUGAGGAGAAACAAUUCCAUAAGAAGAAACAACUCCAUGAGGAGGACCAACUCCUCCCUCAUGGUGCCCAAAGUACAGUUUAUAACUCCUGAGGGGAAUCAGAGUGCAUCUGAAACAUGAUAUUCAACCUCACACAAGGAUGAGUCUCUUCUAAAGAUGGAGAAACCAAAACUAUGCAUAAAGAAAGAAACCUGGAACAUGAAGCAAAACAGAACUGUGCUAGAACUAUUUAUUCUAUUGCUUAAUGAAAGCAUCACCUAGUGACAAUAGGAAACACUAUAGCACUUAGUACAUUAAUAAUUAAAAAAUACACUUAGAAUAAAGGAAGCACAAUUCAAUCAUAAAAUAUAUUGUGUAUGUAUGUGUGUUUUAGUGCCAUGUUAGUUUUUUUCUUGCCCUUCAAGGAUAUCUUCCAUAUGUUUUCCACUGUCUAUUAUAAACUGUAUGUUUCUCUUUACUUUUGAGUAAUCUACCCCCAGAGGGAAAUGGGCUGAUUUUCAAUAAUGUCAUGUACUCAGCAUCAUGCAAAGAUUUAGGUAGGAUGUAUAGUGUUUAAAUCUGUCUUCUGGGCAUGAAAUCCUGGCCUCAUGGAAGCAAAUAGCAAAACUCACAUUAAUUUCACUGGGAUCACAAUUUCACCCCUGGUCUUCAAAAUUUAGCCCUUUGAAAAGCCAGACAUACUGAACUGAAGUAAUAAAAUGCCCAUAAGAAAAUUAAAUCUCACUCUUUAGCUCCCUUCUUGGCAGUACCACCAAGGAGGUCAAGGACUCAAGGGGCUUGAACAGUGAACUUACCUAUGAGCCCAAGCAGUCUUCCAGAGAUACUCUGACAGUGUAUUAUGGAGGAAUUUGUAUUGCUGCUGUAUCUUGUAGUGUAUUUGAUUGUAGGCAAUUCCAUCUCCAUGCCUAGUGGUUGAAUGAACAUCAGUUUCACUUAAAUUUAUGCAAGAUACAAAAUACUGAAUUUAUCAUAUUAAUUUCAUGCUAAUUAGGCCAAGUUCUGUUUUCUUGGUACGUAUGAGUUAUCACACCAAAGGCAAUGGCUAGAUUCUCUAAUUUUACCCAGACUAAUGUUAUACUGAGGUAAUUCCAGAUGCAUCUGUGGAGAGUUAAUGCACAUCAGUGUUCAAGAAAGGAAACACCAGAUCUAGUAUUAAUUAGAAGUGAACUUAAAAACAAACAAACAUCUGAAUGACUUUCCACAGGACAGAGGUACCUAAAUCACAUAGGCAUAUUUAAAAAGUAAGUUCUUUGCUUGUAUAAUAUAGGAUUGGGAUAGUAUAAAUCUGGGGUGACUAUUUUUUCCUUAAACACAAAAGAUAUUUGCUAUCUAGAUACCAAAAAAAAAA